UUUUCCGCUAGGUGGCGAUACGGCGGGCGCAAAGUAAAGUCUCAGACGUGCGAGUGGUCAAAUUUUUUCUAUACGUGAAAAUAAUCCAAGUGCAAGUAACCCAAAAACGCAACGCAAUGGCUGCUAGAUUUAUACAGAAAAUUUUGAAGCAAUUGGGUUUUCAGGCGGCGACCGAGUCAACGUCCUUGGCCGGAGCAACAUUUAAAGCCAAGGUCAACACAACGCCCGCUGCCACUCGCGGCUAUGCGUCCGGGGUCAGAAAGGUAACACUCAUACCCGGCGAUGGCAUCGGCCCCGAGAUCUCUGCUGCCGUGCAAAAGAUUUUCACUGCCGCCAACGUUCCCAUCGAGUGGGAAGCUGUUGAUGUAACACCCGUGCGUGGUCCCGAUGGCAAAUUCGGCAUACCCCAGGCCGCCAUCGAUUCGGUCAACACCAACAAGAUCGGUCUCAAGGGACCCCUGAUGACACCCGUUGGCAAGGGCCAUCGUUCGCUUAACUUGGCUCUGCGUAAGGAAUUCAACUUAUACGCCAACGUGCGUCCCUGCCGCAGCCUGGAGGGUUACAAGACGCUCUACGAUGAUGUCGAUGUCGUCACAAUUCGUGAGAAUACUGAAGGUGAAUACUCUGGCAUCGAGCACGAAAUUGUGGAUGGCGUCGUCCAGAGUAUCAAGCUCAUUACGGAGGAAGCGUCGAUGCGUGUGGCCGACUAUGCUUUCCAGUAUGCCAAGAAUAACAAUCGCAAGAAGGUGACCGUUGUGCACAAGGCCAACAUUAUGCGUAUGUCGGAUGGUUUGUUCCUGCGUUGCGUGCGUGAUACAGCGAAAAAAUAUCCGGAAAUUCAGUUCGAGGAACGCUACUUGGACACGGUCUGCCUUAAUAUGGUGCAGAAUCCAGGCAAAUACGAUGUGCUGGUCAUGCCCAAUUUGUAUGGUGAUAUUUUAUCUGAUAUGUGCGCCGGCUUGGUCGGUGGUCUUGGCCUGACGCCCUCGGGCAACAUGGGCUUGAAUGGUGCUCUAUUCGAAUCGGUGCAUGGCACAGCGCCCGAUAUUGCCGGCAAGGACUUGGCAAAUCCCACAGCUCUGCUACUGUCUGCUGUGAUGAUGCUGCGUCACAUGGAGCUAAAUUCGCAUGCGGACAAGAUUGAACGCGCCGCAUUCGAGACCAUCAAAGAGGGCAAAUAUCUAACUGGCGAUCUCGGUGGAAAGGCCAAGUGCUCGGAAUUCACAAACGAGAUCUGCGCCAAGCUUUAAAUAGCCAAAGUCUCCGGUGACAAACAGCAAAAACAACUAUUUCGGUAGAGUGUUCAAAAAUCAACAACAAACAAGAGAAGGAGAAGAAAGGGAAGAAGAGCUUAAAGCAAUUAAGCACUCGCCGCUCAAACCAAAUAGCAACAACAACCACAACAA